AUGAUGUUGGACAUGCUCGCAAGUAACGCUGGCAGCUCGCCCUACGCCGUGCCGUCCUCACCGUCACCGACCUUACCGCCGCCCGCCACUGCUUCUUCCCCUUCGCACCCUCCCGACAACCGUCUGUCCCAAAAAAAAAAUAAAAAGGGCCCACGCUAUGACCAACAUCGACCGACCGUCCACUUGAGGGAAGAUAAACUUACCUUACUUAACAUCUUUAUCCCUCCAAAACCCUCCAACUUAACCCUGCCAGGCAGCAGAAGAAGAAUUGCUCGCACCCUCCCCCCCAUGCCAGGAGGCAAAGGAAAGUCCGUGGGAGGUGGAAAGGCCGCGCCUAAGGAUGCCAACGGCAAAGGACCACGAUCGCACAGUGCAAAGGCCGGACUGCAGGUUGGUUGCCAUCCCCAGUGA